AUGGCGGCAAACAACCCAAACAGGCGAAGCCUCGAUCUCUUCAAUGUCGACCAACAAGCAGUAGAGAAUCUCGACCUGACUUUUCAGGAAACUCUUCCAAGCAGUACCAGUACCUAUACAGAAAUACCUGACACGUACUCAAUUUCAGAAAGUGUUCUCGCCUACCGGCUCGAGAAUGGCAGAACUUACCACGCCUACAAGGACGGAUGGUACCUCCUCCCAAACGACGCCGAAGAGGUCGAGCGCCUGCGCCUGACUCACGACAUCGUCAGGCGGGUGAUGGGAAACCGCUCCCACCUGGCGCCGUGGACGAGAGAACACUUCCCCCGACGCGUGCUCGACGUCGGCACGGGGACAGGGGACUGGUGCUUCGACUUCGCCGAGGAGUACCCCGACACCGAACUUAUCAUAGGGACCGACCUGUCGAACAUCCAGCCGGACGUGGGCCCCCCGAAUGUCCAGUUCAUCAUCGACGACUCGUCCCAGGAGUGGCUCGACGACGACCUGGACUACGUUCACACGCGGGACACCAAUGGCUGCUGGGAGAACAUGAGCGCGCAAGUCAUCCAGCAGGCCUUCCAAAAGUUAAACCCCGGCGGCUGGCUAGAGAGUCAGGAAUUUGACAUUGUGCUGCGCUGCGACGACGGUACCGCCCCUGCCGACCAUGGGCUCAGACUUUGGCUCUCGGAGCUGGACCGCAUAAGCCGGGUGGCAGGGAAGCCCUGUACCAUCACCCCCUGGCUAAAGACGUGGUAUGAAGAGGCCGGGUUCGUCGACGUGCACGAGGAGAUAUUCAGGUUGCCAACCUGCGGUUGGCCCGAAGACCCGGAAGAGAAGAUUAUUGGGACAUGGAUGGAGGAGAUGUUGAACAGUGGAAUCGACGGGAUCCUUCGGGCGUACCAGUUGAGGGUGGCAGGACUGACUAUGGAACAGCAUCAGGCGGCUCUUAUACCAGUUCGAAGAGACCUCAGGAAUCGGGAUUAUCACACUUAUAUGAAUUUCCACGUGGUAUAUGGCCGAAAACCAGACACGGAGACAAGCCAAGGUUUAGGGAGAAUACCAGAAUCUACAGAGCAGGAAGAAGAACAAUGA